GACGCUUCAAGCUUAGUGCGCUGCCAUCCCUUAAAUACCCAGAGAGGGGGGAUCUGCGGAUUGUCUGCAGGCCGUUUCCACAUGGCUUUUCACAUUCUGACAUUUAAAUUGCGAGUGGGGAAGAGAAGGAGAAGGGGGGCGAGUUUGUAGUUUGCAUUGUGACCAAUAGAGGGCGCUUAAGAGGCUCUACGGUCCCACGGAGAGAGUUACAUUAUCCCAGUGUGAUCUGGCACGGAGGCGGGAGGGGAGCAAGUCCUGGACGAGGUUUGAGCCAGAAGCACUCCACUCCCGACUUUAAUCGACAUUCCUCCGUCAGUCAGGCUCGCAGAACUGAGCAAAACAAUUCACUGUGCGUAAUUACGCACGGCGACGAAAUAUUAUCGGUGUUGUCUCGCUGUGGAAGCCUGCGGACAAAGGAAGGCAGAAAGGCUGGAGUACAACAACUGACUUGAGAGGAGAGGAGUACUGUUGCAGGGGGAACAGGGGAAUCUGCAGUCGGAAGUGAUUUGUCUUUUUUCGGAAAUGUAAGUUUCGUCCAGCAAUUUGGGGAAGAGGCGAAUCUGUUUGGAAACAGAGGAGAAAGGGACAAAAAGUGGAGUGGUGAGUGGAAUCAGUCCUAUAACAGCAUCCAGAUCCUCGGAGCAUGGGGGAGCAGCCCAUCUUCAGCGCCCGAGCUCAUGUCUUCCAGAUUGACCCGGCCACCAAACGCAACUGGCUGCCGGCCAGCAAACACGCCGUCACCGUGUCCUUCUUCUACGAUGCCAGCCGCACCGUCUACCGCAUCAUCAGCGUGGGCGGGACCAAGGCCAUCAUCAACAGCACCAUCACCCCCAACAUGACCUUCACCAAAACGUCCCAGAAGUUCGGGCAGUGGGCGGACAGCCGGGCCAACACGGUCUACGGCCUGGGCUUCUCCACUGAGCAGCAGCUGCAGCAGUUUGCAGAGCAGUUUAAGGAGGUGAAGGAGGCGGCACGUCUGGCCAGAGAGAAAUCUCAAGAGAGGUUUGAACUGUCCAACCCGGCGCUCAACAUUGCAGCUCCAGAGCUUUCCCAGGAGCUGUCGGAGGAGCGCCACUCCCCGCCGCUGCUCACCGUCAAUGGGCCGGGUGAGGAAAAGCUGUUUCGCAGCAAGAGUGCUGAAGUCGAGCUGACGGUGGAGAAGGAGAAAGUCAAAAAAAUGUUGUCUGAAGGGUCAAUGUGUGAGAUAAACCUGGAGGCUGAGCUCUUCACGCUGCAGGACAGUAACGCUAAGCUGGUGGCGGCUCUGCAGGAGGCCAGCAGCAGCGUGGAGCAGUGGAAGCAGCAGCUGGAUGAAUACCAGGAGGAGACCGACCGCCUCAGAGACCAGGUGUCGGAGCUUGAGGGCCAGCUGGGGCAUCCUGCUGCCGGUCAGUCUGCGAGAGAGGAGCUGAGUCAGUCCCUGGAGGAGCUGGAGGCCCUGCUGAGCGCCAAAGAUCAGGAAAUUCACAGUCUACAGAGCAAGAAAACAGAUGUGGGUGAGCUGGAGAAGGAAAAAGAAGAGACCAUACAGAGACUUGAGGAUCUGGAGAGACUCAACAGCGACCUGGAGGAUCGGGUCCAGAGUACUGAGAAGACGCUGGCGUCCAGCCAGGAGGAGCAGAACCAGGCGGAGGUCGAGGUCCAGCGCAUCAUCGAGGUUCUGGACGUCAAAAUCUGCGACCUGAACGACUUGAGACAGAGCCUGGCAAAACUCAUCGACAAUAGCCACAGCUGCAGUCGGGUUGCAUCUCCACAGUCAGCUCUGUUCCAACCAUGGCGCUUUGAUUUGUGUUUUACUGGUUUAUCAGGAGAGCAAACAUCAAAGCCUAUGGAAGACCUUUACUGGUGUUUACCUCCAUGGAUCUGUGUUUAUAAAGAUCAGUGCAGGGAAACAGCAGGUAUCAGAAUCCUCUUUAAGGUGCUAUGUUCGGAAUAACAGUAUUGUGACAUUAAUACUGGAGCCUCGGUAUGAUUAUCAUAAACAGUUGACAGUGUGGUUCAACUUGCUACUACAGCUUGUUUCUCUAUAUUCUUGAUCCUAGCAGCUGCAUGUCAUUUAGCCCCUGAAGAGGAUAAUAGGAUUUAUACACCAGGUUUUUACACUCUUUUCACUAUCUGCCAUCAAUGAACACUCUGAAAGCUUUCCCUUCAAUUAUCUCCAGAACAGCAGCACUCUCCUCUGUAUGAUGCUAUAGCAGGUCCAGCGUAUUCUGUCAGUAUCUGACGGUUUACAAUGUGAAAUGCUGAGUAGUGGCUCCUGAAUGGUCUGAAUUGUUUAUGGUAUGGUACUGAUGCCCCAAAGGACUGAGGUAAUCAUUUAUUGAUAUCAAAACAUACUUAAAGCACCUUGAGGAAUUAAACCAAAAUGAAUUCUGUGCUUGCUAUUUUGCAAAAGUAGACAUUUCUUACCCGUUAUUCAGUUUUGAUGUGAUGUACUGUAUCUGUAUUUAAUACAGAGAGGGUGAUCCACUUGGUAUGAGUAUAUUCCUUUACUGAAUUAAGUGGCAGAAAAACUAGGAAAGAAAACAAAAAAUAAGUUCCUGACAGUGUUUAUUAAAAGCCAGCAGUGGUGCCGCUUCCUGCAGGGACAGUAAACCUGCAGUCCCAAAACAUCACACAUAUUAAAACUUGAGAUGGUUGAGAAAUAAAGGUUUAUGUGCAAUUACAUUUUAAUACCUAUAUGAUCAUAAAUAUUUGAUCAUAAUUCUGCACCUCUGGUUUAUAGAAACAACAAUAAAACUGUCCAUAAAUGUUUUGUUCCACUUCAGUUUGGCAGAAGUUUUAAACAGCCCCAAUCUGAAGUGAUCCCUGUGUAGAUAAACAUUUAUAGAUAUGUAUUUUCUCACAAGGUUUUGUAGAACUCAAAAGUCACUGCAAGUAAUAGAAUGUCUACUUUUUACACAAUAACAACUUUGAGUACAGUUCAUGUUGAGGACCCUUCAUUAAACACUGUGGAGAUGUACCCAGGAAGAGUGAGGUCAGGGAUAAGCACACAUCGAGGCAAACAAACCUGAAUAACUCCAGCUCCAGUUGACCAUCAGCAGGCUGGACUUGCUUCACACCAGCCAGAACAAAACAAACUCAUAGAUUCAAAACAUUACCCAAAUGUGUCCUGCCAUUGUACAACUUUUUUUCUCCAUGUUUCAUAAGGACUGCUCUUUUCUCACCACUAAUUCUAUUAUUCAUUGAUGGGUUACUCACUGUCAGAAUGGGAAAUUGGAGAUUGCUAGCACCCAAUUUUCUGCUAAAUUCAAGCUGCUACAGGGCCCUUUUACCGGGUUGAUCAGCAUUUGAAGGAGAGGUCCAGACAUGUGGCUGUGGACAGAGACACUACUUUCCCACCCUGCUGAGUUGAACCUGGGGCUACACUUGAUUAUGUUUGUGCCAAGUUUGUUUUGUUUACAUGUGUCAAUGUCCACAAUAUCAUCCGGUUUACUUUAUGUACUGUUCUUCUUUGCUCAACACUAACACAUACCAUAACAGUACAAAUAACCUGCAGAGCAUAGAUCACAAAGAGAGCACUGCAUGAGAUCUGAAGAAGCCCCGUAGCUGCCGAGGAAUCUGAAGCUGCUUGUGUGCACAAAACUUAGCUGGCUUCAACCUGACAGUGCUCGAGAUAAAAAGCACAAAUGCAGUAGUUUUAGUAAAUAGGUACUCAAUUCAGUUGUCUGUCAGCUUUGUAUGUGAACCUCUGAUGCACAGUAUCUAUCGAUAACCCCGAUGAGUUAUUGAAUACAUCAUGUGACGUAAUAUAGGUACAAAUAAUGUGCAGCUCAAUAUGCAGUAACUGCCACAAUCCUAACAUGUCAACGUGAUGGUAAUAUAAUAAACUACCAGUUAAUGCACCAGCCACCCUUUA